CUUUGCUUAACUUCCCCUAGAGCAGAAGUCCUCUGCUUUCAGUGAGACAGCACGUGAAGCUGGUCAGGAGGGCAGAGAGUGCAACGUCCUCUGUUCUAGGCGUGAUGGUUCAUCUGAUGCUACAAUGUAUUUUCCUCUUCCAAUGCAGUAUGAAACUAACUUACCAAAUCUUGUGACAAAUUACUCCAGAGAUCCUUUCAAUUUGAAGUUCAAAUCACCACAUUUAAACAUAGAUCCUGGACCUGAACGACAGAAAGCAAGGCAAAAGGACUCCUACAGAUUUCUUACAUUAGGUGAACUUCAGGAGAGAACUGGGAAGUUCUCAGGAAAGCACCAGCACGCUACAGAGCUAGGGAUAUGGACAACCAAUUUCCUUUACCUCUUCAAAAAUGUAAUUCUGUUUUCUUGCUCUUACUGACUUUGAUGGAGCCUGUAAAGAUAAUCACUUGGGGAAUAUUUUCUCAUUUUAGCCUUUAAUAGAAAAUUAUAUAGCACUGCACAUGGCAAUUCAUUGUAGGAAUUCAGAUAUCCAUGUUAGACUGUCCAAAGAUGCAGACUGUUUCAGAAUAUGCAUAUAUUGGGAGAAAACUUUGAUGGUUUAUAAACAUACAGCAAACACUAGAAAUUCAGGAUUUCAAAAAAGAAAAUGUCUCCAUUGUCUUUACAAAACAGCUCCCAUUAGUAUUACUGAAGAUUAGCAAAUGGUGGGUUAAGGAGAAAAUAAAUUGUUCAAGGAGUUGGUGUAGGGGAUGAGAGAUGCUGAGCUGUGAAUAUAACUCUACUAAAUAGUGGCAGGUCAAUACACUAAGUGAUAUUUGUAAAAUCUGCACAUGCACAUUUGUAAGAUCAGAUGGCUAAACACAAACAUCUCUAGGCAUUUCAAUGCCUUGUGCUCUGAUUCACAUAUGAAAGCUCAUCUGAAGGUGAGUUCUCUGAUGAACCUGUCAAAGAUCCUUCUCAUGUCAGCCACCUCUCUGUUUUGUAGCUCUAACUUACCUUUUUACUUUUCUACUCUCAGAGGCUCAGAAGGUGACGUGGUGUUCAUACUGUGUUCUUAGAUUGUACAGGGGAAAAUCUAGGAUGGCUACAGCAAGGAGAGGUUGGUGGUGGUGUUAGUUCUUGUUCUGGUAGAGCAGGGACACUGAAUCCAAUCUGAUCCAGAGGGCAGACAUCUUUUUGGUCUCCUGUGAUCUUAGAUGAGGAAGGAUUGAUAGGUGCUGGCAGAAGCCAUAAUUCCAUGCGUCUGGGUAGGCCUGGAGACACUGACACUUGAUUAAACUCAAUAGACCUCUUUUUUGAGGUCAGAGCAAAAAGUGCAGACAGUUUAGAUGGCCUUUCCUCAGGCUGGCUUGCACUAGGGAAAGGUUACUACCAAGUGAGUUCCUAGCUGUAUCCAGGAUGACCCUUCUGUCCUACAGAGGCUCCAUGUGUCGAUGCAGGCAAUGCAGCAUUGCCUCAGAGUCUGUGCUGCAGUGUGGAUUAUCUGAGUGAGCUGAAGUAAUGCAAAAGUGCUGGUCACAACACUGACCUCCACUGGAAUAACUGAUCCUUCUCGGAAAAAUACACGUCUGAACAGAGUUCUCUGCGGUCUUAGCUGGGGUGCUCUAAUACCCAGCUUGAGCAUCUCUAUUUUAUGCUCAAGUCUUCAGCACAGAUGUUCCCAAGAGCCAGAACUGAAGCUGUAGAAAGCAGUUCUGAGUAACUUGAUGAUCAAAGCAAAAGAAGUAUUAUUAAAUAGCUUUGUCUUCCAGAUACAAAUUCUUAUUCUGCCAGAUUGUAUGCACUUGUUUAUAGUCAGUACGUGACUCAAAAUAGCUGAACUAAGAGCUGGAACCUGUCUUGUUGCUGACAGAUUUACAUUUCACACUGUUAGUUUCUAUCAGACUGAGAAAGAUGAGUAAUUUGUAUAUCCUAAAAUAAUACAUUUUUAAUUUAGGGCAUCUAUUUAUCUAAGGUUGCUUUAUGUUCAAAUGAAUUAAUUUCUGCUGGUUAUGCUUGAAAUUCUCCUCUAUGGUGGGCCAGCAAAGUCAGGGAAUUCCUUGAUGUGGUCUUGCACGCUCUUCCAAAGAAAAGGAGCAAAUUUCUUUUUCAUGUCUGGAGUGCUAAUGUAGAUGCUUGGGGAAGGGGAGAGGGAAUUUUUGCAGUCACCCUACAGCUUGGGCAAUGUGAAUGGUGUGUGAGAUAAGAAGUAAAAUCCUAAGCUUGACCAGGACACUUGCUGAUGGAUUGGUAAGGAUAGACUGUGCAUUCCAGCCACCUCUCCUGGCAUAUCACAAGGUGCCUUUAUCACAAUCCUCUGUCAGUAAACAUGCCUAUGGAAAUGUCUGUGGAAACUUUCUCGAUCCUGACUUUUGUUGCAGCUUUUGUGAAUCAGUAAUUAUCUUCCUGCCAAACUGGCAGCAAAAGAAUUGUGCUUUUCCCCAUGUGUAGAAUCAUAGAUAACUUAGGCUGGAAGAGGCUUCUGGGGGUUGUGUGGUCUAACCUCUACUCAAAGCAGGGCCAUGGUAGGCUGCUUUCUAAAGUAGGUUGAAAGUAGGACCUCUGUUUAAUGUGUUAGGAGACAAUUUUCUUUUUUAGCUUCCAACAUGCACUCCUUCGAUGUUCCUGGGCUGCUAACACAUUACCAUGCCCUCUAACACAGCCCCUAGGUCUGGCGUUCAGGAUCCUGGGAUGACAGAAAAAUGCCUAGGAAAUGUGCCACUUUAUGCUUCCAUGUGGUCUAAAACAAACUUCUCACAGAGAAAUUCUGGAUCUUGUUUGUAGAACAAAUCAGUUUGUUCUAAACUAUGUUUAUGUCUGUGAUGUCUGAUACUAGCCUGAUGUCGUUUUACACGGUAAUUGAUGACUAUGUUUCAAUGACCAUGUCUUUCCUUUCACAGGAACCUUAGCCUCAGCUGCACGGUGAUAAGUGGCAAGCAGUGGGAUUCAAGUUCUACAGCCUUAUCCAAGCUAAACAUCAGCCUUCAGGCCUUAGGAAAUAUAUGUGCCUGCAGGUGCUAUGACAGAUACUAGUGGUGCUGAGUAACGUCAUGUUUGUGUCUUGUGUCCUGUUAUUUCAGGUAUCAGCUCUCUGAGAACCCUGGACUGGUAUGAGAAAGGAGAUCUAGGCCCUUCAAGCAGGGCAAACACUGUCCAUUAAUUCUUUUCCCAGUCCUGCAGUCGUCUGGAUGUAAAAGAAAUGGCACAGCCCAUCAUGCUCUUGAGGACUGAUGAGGACAAGUGUCAUUAUGAGUUUAUUUUGGAAACUCCCUGCCAUUUCCACUGAAGAACUUGUGAUCAGCAAACUGCAUUACAAUGAUUCCCCCCACACUUCCUCUUGCUUUGACAGAAACAGCUGUUUUGCCCUUCACUCUAAUUAUUAUAGGCCCUCAAAGCUCAACACCAUCAGCUGGGAAAAAAGGAGCACAGAGAAGUUAAAUGACUGCACAGAGAAGUUGAAUAACUUGCCCAAAAAGCGUGCGAAAAGAGUCGGUUUCAGUCCAACUCUCACAGGGAAAGAAUGUACUCAAGAUGAAAGCACAGCUGCAGCUAUCUUUGCUGUUCAGAUGGAUGACUACUUAGGAGGAAAACCUGUGCAGAGUAGAGAAAUUCAAGGAUAUGAGUCUACUGAAUUUGUGGGAUAUUUCAAAGGAGGAAUUAAGUACAAGGCAGGCGGUGUUGCCUCCGGAUUUAAGCAUGUUAUUACUAAUGAUCUGAGCGCCCAGAGGCUUCUGCAUAUCAAGGGCCGGAGAGUAGUACGAGCCACUGAAGUUCCCCUUGCUUGGACCAGCUUCAACAAAGGAGAUUGUUUCAUUAUUGACCUUGGAACCGAAAUCUAUCAGUGGUGUGGUUCAGCAUGCAAUAAAUACGAGCGUCUGAAGGCUACUCAGGUUGCUAUUGGCAUUCGGGACAAUGAGCGGAAUGGAAGGUCGCAGUUAAUUCCUGUGGAAGAAGGAAGCGAACCAGACCAACUUAUAGAGGUUUUAGGAAACAAGCCAGAGCUUCCUGAGUGUGGUGAUGAUGAUGAUGAGACAGCUGAUAUUAUGAACAGGAGAAGUGCUAAACUGUAUAUGGUGUCAGAUGCAAGUGGAUCCAUGAAGGUGUCAGUGAUAGCAGAGGAAAAUCCCUUCUCUAUGUCUAUGCUUUUAUCUGAAGAGUGCUUCAUUUUGGACCAUGGCGCUGCAAGAAAGAUCUUUGUGUGGAAAGGCAAAGAUGCUAACCCACAAGAAAGAAAGGCAGCUAUGAAGAAUGCUGAAGAAUUCGUACAGCAGAUGAAUUAUCCUGCUAACACACAGAUUCAAAUUCUUCCAGAAGGAGGUGAAACACCAAUCUUCAAACAGUUUUUCAAAGACUGGAAGGAUAAAGAUCAAAGUGAUGGCUUCGGAAAAGUUUAUGUCACAGAGAGAGUGGCUAAAAUUGAGCAGAUUGAAUUUGAUGCUACGAAGUUACAUGAGUCUCCACAAAUGGCUGCCAAGCAUAAUAUGGUAGAUGAUGGUUCAGGGAAAGUAGAGAUCUGGCGUGUGGAAGACAGUGGUAGAGUUCCUGUGGAGCCUGAGACAUAUGGACAGUUCUAUGGGGGUGACUGCUACAUUAUCCUCUAUACUUACCCUAAAGGGCAGAUCAUCUACACAUGGCAAGGAGCUCAGACUACAAAAGAUGAAUUGACUGCAUCUGCAUUUCUGACUGUUCAACUUGAUCGGUUAUUAAAUGAUCAGGCUGUGCAGAUCCGAGUCAGCCAAGGCAAAGAGCCUGCACAUUUAUUGAGCUUGUUCAAAAAUAAACCACUCAUUGUCUACAAGGAUGGGACAUCAAAGAAGGAAGGACAGAAACCUGCUCCCCCAACACGACUCUUCCAAAUCCGCAGGAACCUGACACCCACUACCAGGAUUGUGGAGGUUGACGUUGACGCAACGUCCCUGAACUCCAACGACGUCUUUGUUCUGAAACUGCCAAACAACUCUGGCUACACCUGGGUAGGAAAAGGGGCAAACAAAGAAGAGGAACAAGGCGCUCAAUACAUUGCCAGUGUUCUCAAAUGCCAGGCUAAGAAGAUUAAUGAAGGCCAGGAACCGGAGGAAUUCUGGAAAACACUUGGAGGUAAAAAACCAUAUCAGACCUCAUCACAGCUCUUGACAAAGGCCGAAACGCAUCCACCUCGUCUAUAUGGCUGUUCUAAUAAGACUGGCAGAUUUAUUAUUGAGGAAGUUCCAGGAGAAUUCACUCAGGAUGAUUUGGCUGAAGAUGAUGUCAUGUUGCUGGAUGCCUGGGAGCAGGUUUUCGUCUGGAUUGGGAAAGAUGCUAAUGAAACUGAGCGACAGGAAUCUGUUAAAUCUGCCAAGCGCUAUAUUGAAACAGAUCCUUCUGGAAGAGAUAAGGGGACCCCCAUUGUUGUUGUGAAGCAAGGAUACGAACCCCCUAUAUUCACAGGCUGGUUCCUGGCCUGGGAUUCAAAUAAAUGGAAAAAUUGAUCAAUCCAAGAAUGCCUCAGCUUCAAGCCAAAGAAUGAGCAGAGCACAGCUAGUUUCUAGUAUUUUUAUGCAUAAGCUUAUGAAAUGCUAUGAUGUAUCUGUUGUUCCUCUUUCUUCAGCUUUGAUAUAUUUCUAUGAAUAACCUAGAAAUUCUCAGUACGGGGAAGGCUAAAUGAUAAUGGUAACCAUGUCAAGUGGGCUGGGUGGGGCUUUUCAUGUAGUAAAUAUGCAAAGCAGUACCAAUACUUCGGUUAUUUUAUGACUUCUUCAAACAAAUGCUGUAGAUCAGUUUAUUUUAACUUUUAUGUGCUAAAAUGGAACAAAGUGUGCCUUCAUUUAAAAAUCCAAACUAAUGCCAAAUUAAUUAUUUUAGAUUAAGGUCAGCAUAAUUUUACACAAAAUUUGGCCCAAUGAAGUACUAGUUCUACAUCUGUUGCAAGGGCAGGACUGGCCCAUGACUGACUUAAUAGGCCAAAAUACUCACACUCACUUACAUAAAAUUUCAAAGGAUGCUUAAUCCAGAGUGGGAGCUUUGUCUUGCAAGGGGCAAAUACGGGGUGGGUAUUUUGACAAAGCUAUGUUUAUCGUGUUUGUUUGCUAUACUUGGUCUAGUAAGUAGACGCAUUUUGAGCUUAAGACUGUAUGAUUGCAAGAGUAUGAUGACAACAAAGGUUUUUGCGAGAGACUGCGGUAAUGGUUUUCUUCAGAUCUUUAGAUUUGUUAAGACUCCUCAUUGUGAACCAGCCUCCAGUUUCGUGCCUCUUAACCACAGCUCUUAAACUUAUUCUAAUCCCUUGCUGCUUUUAAAUGGUAGCAGAAGUAACACCCCUUAAAAUACUUACUCUGCCUUCCCUGGAUUGCAAUGAAGCUUGGUUGCCUUACUCUGCAGUGCUCAGUUCCUUUCCAGCUUAUAGAUUGCUCACAUUGUCAGGUACAGGAUGUGUUUAUACUCGUUUUCUAUACAGGUCUUGGACAUAUAUCAAGUACCUCAACCCCUUUCUGUUUCAGUAGCAUUCCACAUCCUGGCAAUCUGGAGUCUGAGUACACGCCAUAGAAUAUUGCCCUCUCUUUCUCUCAGACACAAUUAUUUUGGAUUAUUUUUAUUCUGGUGAACGUAAGAGUAGACUUUCAAACUGUUUUUUAUUUGUAGUUUAGCCACACAAGUCUCUUUAAAGGCAGUGAGAAAAAUUCUGCUUCGAAUCUUUAACAUUGCUUUGAACACUUAUCAUAUAAUGCUUGCUUUAGAAAAGAAUUUGUACAGCUGUCAAUCAUGUUAACGUGCCUUUUUAAUGAAGGCAUUUUAAUUGUUUUUUGUACUUAUAAGUUAAUUUGGAAAAUCAAAUUUUAGACUUUUUUUGUAUUUUGUUAACCUGAUUAAUUGUGAUUUUGAAUCUGAGUAAUGCAAAAGAGUGAAUUUAGCCUGAGCUCAUAAUCAAUAUCAUUGAAAACAAGAACUGAGACUCCAUUAGAUUAAUUCUGGAAGUUUGUUAGCUUUAAACAUUUAUUUAAAACUCUACUAAAUAAUUGAGCUGUAUUUGGAUGUCAUUUCAUUUAAAAUAAAAUUACAAAACAGUAUUUUAUUUGCAGAGCUUAUCUUCCUACCUCUACCUAUUUCUGACAUAUUGUUAUUCAGUGCUUCCACAGAUGUCUGCCAAAACUUGCUAAAAAAACAGAGAUGCCUUCCCUUUUAGAUGAGCAAUGCACUUAAUAUUUUACUGUGAUGCCAUUUUAGCCACCGGAGACUUAACUCUUCCAAGCAACUUAAAAAUUACAAAUCUAUGUGAACGCUAAAGAAGUGGGUGCUUAUUAGCAUAUAAUUUCAUCUUUAAGAAAAACUAACAUUGUUGUCAAAUUCUUUGGCUUUAUAAUUUUCUGUUUGCAUAAAUGAUUGACUAUAGGAAUGAUUAUUUUAUAAAAUA